AUGAUAUUCGCGCGAACUGAAAAAUAUAAAACGCCGACAAUAUACCCAUCGCUUCUAUCUAUCUAUCUAUCUAUCUAUCUAUCUAUCUAUCUAUCUAUCUAUCUAUCUAUCUAUCUAUCGUUGAUUCUGUUCAUAUCUAUCUAUCUAUGGUUGAUCCCGUUCAUAUCUAUCUAUCUAUCUAUCUAUCUAUCUAUCUAUCUAUCUAUCUAUCUAUCUAUCUAUCUAUCUAUCUCAUUCUAUAAAUAUCUAUCUAUCUAUCUAUCUAUCUAUCUAUCUGAGAUGAGAUUGAUCGCAAAACCUUUCAUUUGUAAACAAUUCUCUCUCUCUCUCUCUCUCUCUCUCUCUCUCCCUGAUAUACGAACUAUUCAUAUCUAUCUAUCUAUCUAUCUAUCUAUCUAUCUAUCUAUCUAUCUAUCUGUCUGUCUCAACCUGUUCACAUCUAUCUAUCUAUCUAUCUAUCUAUCUAUCUAUCUGUCUCAACAUGUUUACAUCUAUCUAUCUAUCUAUCUAUCUAUCUAUCUAUCUAUCUAUCUGCUUGUGGAUAUAUUCUCUAUCUUUCCGAUGAAUUUCUUUUUAUCUUACAUCGCUUUAUUUAAUUUUCUCUCUUAG